AUGGCAGCACACGUCGAGGAGCCCAGCAAUGAGAUGCUAGAUGACGGCGACCACGACAACGACAGCCAGGAUCACGGCAUCGAACAGAUCAGCGAUGCUGCGGAGCGUUUGCCACGGUUCGAAAUGUACGAAGAGCAGCAACUGAUGAUGCCCGAUGCGGGUCUACAUGACGGCAACUACGACCGGGACAUGGACGAAGCAGCCGAGGACUACGAUCAAGAUCCACGAGGGAUCCAAAAUGAAGCGCCAUACUACGAUGACGGACACCAUGAGAUGAACGAACAGUAUUCGAACGAUCCUCAGUAUCAGGCUCACGAUUAUGGUGGCUACGACGAGCCUGAGUACUACCAGGAGCGCUACGAUGCGCCAGUGCAGCCUCAGAUGACACAGCAAUUUGCAGAAGACGAGGCCAAUAGAGCUCGUGCAGCCUCUGCGUUCGAGCGUGUGGCUGCUUACGAGGAACAUGGCUCCCAUGAGCAAGCUCGAUAUGCUCCAGACAGAGAUCAACCCUUCACCCACGAGAGUCGGAGUAAGACAGCGCCAUACGUGCAUGGACAGCCCAAGACUACGAAGAAGAGCUCAAGGAAGAGGAAGAAACCACCGGCCUCACUUGCUCAGGCAUCGAUCGCUCGCAAUAAUGAGCAUACUGGAGGCACCAGCUAUCCAACUCCAGUGACAGAGCACCGAGCUCACCGUGGAGUCCAUUUUUCACCUCGUCAACAUGAAAAAGGCUUCUGCGGGCAGCGCCAGGACGUUCCAAACGGUGGUGAGGCAGUUCAAGAAGCUACGCACGAGCACCUUCUACCCCGUAAGAUGCAGCCUAUGGCUAUGUCAGACAAAAGCCGGCCCCUCUCAGCAGGUCUGCGUGACCAAUCUGCAAUAAAUGGAGGUAACGCACCGCCAUCGCCUCCUCCAACGCGGCCAGCACUGUCUCGCUCAGCAACUCGGCCCGUCAGCUCUUCGCUGCCACCAAGAGAUCUUGCUCCACCCUCUAUGAUCCGACAUCAUGCGACUCCUGGAAACACUUCUGGGCGGCUACCUAUGCCGCAGACAGCAAGACACGCCAGUGCGCUUGCGAUUCAUCGAGACGCAACUCCCUCAUCCGAUCCACUUGAAUUGUCGCAAACGCUAUUGGCGCUGGGCAACAAGGUGGACAGGGAUCGACACAAGCAGGAGUCACGGCAUCGGGCGGAACAGGAUGCCAUGAAGAGGCAGCUUGGUCAAGCCUCUUACGACACACAAGUUGCACUGAACCAAUGUCGUUCCUUGCAACAUGACAAUCAAGGCAAGGACGCGGAGUUGCGGAUUUGCAACGGCAAGAUCGCCAAGUACCGGACUUUCAAGACCUUCGUCGAUAAGUUCGGGCACGAUCUUGACUACUUCAAAUCCAGGGCCACAGACAGUCAGAAAGAAAGUGCUGAGCUGAUCGCCUGGUGCAAGCAACGCAUAACUGAACUGGAUGCAGCCCUAAAGCAAUCGCACGGUGCUCGAGACAACGCCGGUCAACUCGAGAAAAAGGCGUUGAAAGCUUGCAGCGAGGCUCGAUCUGAGCUGUCUGUUGCAGCUGCACAACAUGCGCAGCUACGACAAGAGUUGGACGCGAAAGACAAGCUUCUCGUCGAAGAGAAGAAUCUCCGGUCGCAGCUGCAAGCUCAACUGAGCGCCACUGGCCAUGACAGAGAAGCGCUUGUUCGCCAAUUGAAGAGCAACAACGAUGCCGUGCUUAACAAACUCUAUGAGAUGCAUGGCACGCUGGAAGAGUCAAAUCACAAGCAAGAGGUCACCGAAAUGCUGGAGAAGAUCACUACUGCUGUACAGGGUCUGACCUCACGACCGACAGCUACCGUGGAAGACGUUGUUGCUGUCAAAGUUCUGGUGGCAAGCCUACCCGACACCAUCGCGACUCGACCACAUGUUGACGUCAAGUCGGCCGAACAAUCCACUGUGUUAAGGACAUGCAUAGAGGAGAGUCUCGACAGUCUGAAGGCGGAAUUGCUCAAUCAAGAGAAGCUCGCCGCCGAAGCGUCUGCAUGCCGUGAGACCAUCGCUGGACUCAACGAGAAGCUCAGGGUGAGCGAGGAACGCCUCCUAGAGCACCAGACGAAGGUGUCUGAAGCUCAAGCGAAAGAGAAGGAAGUCAAGGAGCUCAACGCGACGCUGAAGUCGAGAAUCACUGAGUUGGAAUCUUCCACCGACGUGGAGGGUAUUACGCUCGACUUGCAAGCAAAAGCUUCUGCUCUGAUCACUAUGCAAGCGGAGCUUGAUGCGACAAAGGAGGAACUGGGCGUUGUUCAAGCCAAGAACGCAAGUCGUGAGGAUGAGCUGAACGACUUGAAGCAGCAGCUGAAAGACCACGCAGUCGAGCGAGCGGCAUUUGAGAAGGAUAAUAAUGACGCUCUGGAGAAGAACAAGAGUGAAAUGGGAGCGUUCAUCGAGACCGAGCAAGCGAAGCUCAAAAAUGAACAGGUCAAGUGUGAGGAAAUGGGCGAAAAACUCAAGGAAACCCAACAGAAGCUGCGAGACGCAGAGUCUGAACUUGAGAGGGUAAAGAAAAUAUCCUCCGAGCAGAUGCAUAGGCUGCAGGUACAGCUCACAGCUGCCGGGGAGCUUGCACAGUCUCGAGCGGAUGAGAUCCAGACUCUCUGUGGUGAUAAACGUGAGGUGAACACUGAGCUUCAGAAAGAAAAAUCCACGACCAAGAAGCUGGAAGGCAAGGUAAAGGCCCUGGAGAAGCAGAUCGAGGCAGAGAAAGACAACAGGAGUGCUGCGGACUCGGCAACGGAAUCAGCUGAACACGAGCUCGAGACAUGCCGUGCAGAGCUGACAAGUGCAAACAAGAGGCUCGAACAAGCCCUCGAGAAGAGUGCCGCGGACUCAGCAACGGAAUUUGCUGAACGCGAGCUUGCAGCUGAACACGAGCUCGAGAUUUGUCGCGCAGAAUUGGCAAGUGCAAACGAGAAGCUCAAACAAGCCGCCGAACAAGCCUUGCGAAUAGACACCGAGCAUCAGGAGAACGAAGCAGCGCAUCAUGACCGGCUGCAGAAAGCAGAAUCGGCUGUCAAGGCGCGUGAGCAAGAGCGCGACGCCUACGCCCAGCAAGUCGAAGAUGCAUGGACGAAGGAACGUGCCGACCAACAAGCGAUCCUCGAAUCCGAGAAGGACAAGACGCAGCAAGCCGAGGCUGAGCGCGACAAAGCUCAGGCUGCCGUCGUAGAGCUUCAGUCAAAGCUUGAUCAGCUGCUGAACGCUCCAGCCGAGCACGAAACUGGACGUAUACAGAGCAAGGGCGUCACACCGAAUGUGGCCGCGAACGCCAAGCAGCCCAGGAGACCCCGAAAGAGGGUGAAUCGUAACACACACUCGAUCGAGGAGGGCAGUACCAUCCCUGUUCCCGUCCUGUUACGUCCUUCCAGCGCGAGACCAAAUACUGGAGAGGGUGAGGACAACUCACGUGGCCCUGUCGUCGAGGAGUCGCAGCAAGGAUUCAUGGCUGCCCCGACAUCGUCACCACCAGCUGAGAACUUCAAUCUGUUUGAAGUGGACAGAUCAGCUCCAAAGCCGAGGCCCGCUAUGCUACCAAAUUUGCAUGAUCGAGAUGUUGUGCCUGAGACGCAGUUUGACGACGUGAUUCCCUCAGUUCGUGACUUUCACAAAGACCGCUUCACGCAGUCGAAGAUCGCGGCCAGUCAUGCUGCCAACCACGGUGCUACCAGUCAACGUGACACUGCUCCUGAUUUCCGGAUCUAUGAGGAUGCCGACGAAGCUGUCUAUGGAGAUACUCAGGACGCACCACAGUAUCUGCAGAACAGCCUGCCGCCGAUCAUGCCACCGCCGAACAGCUCCUCGAAGCUCGUUCGUCGUCAGAGCGACGUGUCGCAUGGCUCGCGUGGGUCCCGUGGCCUCGAAUCCGGACAAAAGAAGGCCAGCCGCCGCAACUCCUCUCAUCUCAAGACUCCGGAGCCGACAAGCUUUCCAGGCGGUGCUGGCAUUCCCAACUUGAGCAGCUCCCCAGGUUUCAUGCCAUCUGCCAAGCCAGUGCGUGCCUCGAAUACUUACAACAGCGGCUCUGGAAAGGAGCAUCGCACGUCCCGCCGUCAGUCAGAUCUGGCCGAGGAACCUGCCACAAACAUUCGUGCACCACCUAAGCGCAAGAGCGAGAGCGCGGUCAUCGACGGCUACGAACGAGAGCGCAGCAAGCGUAUCAAGCCAGCCAAUGUAGUGCCGCCGACUCCGAAGCGUCCUGGUCUCCGCUCCAUGUCUCAGCCGGCAGGCACCGAGAACUCGCAUGCUGCACUGAUGUCGGAUCUCAGCAUACCGCCAGGACCACCCCGAGGUAGCUCGCAGACUUCUCGAAUGCAGACACUGGCCGGCAAAUCAGCCCGUCCGGCUCACGGUGUCAAGGCGACUUCGAAGCGUGACCAGAUGAAUGCGCGGUUCCAACAGGAGCUGAACGUGGCCAGACGCUAG